GAGGGAAGGAGAUGGUAUACUUAGUUAUUUUGCUCGCGCGCUUGUGGGAUUGGGUGUGGAGUUGUAUGCGCGUCGGCUGGUACGGACAGGUACCAAAUGCCACAAGGUCAAAACUCGCAUACAACGCGUAGAGCUUGGUGUACGAUUCCCUCCUCUUUCGGUCUGGAGAACCUCAAGGACUACGCGCGAUUAGCGUCCUUGGCAUUCGAACUUCUAACGAUCCAUAAACUGACUGAAACAGAAGAGAAAAAGAAACGCAAAGAAAAUAUUUCUAGCCAAGCUAGCGUAGCCAAGUGGCGUUGGAGAUCGACGUCGAAGAUCGCGGAUUGGUCGGCUGGAUUUCCGUCCACCAAUCCGCGGUCAUCUGUCAGACGGUCAUGCGCGACAUAUCUCUGCGUAUGCAGCCACGUUCAUUACGUUCAUGGCGGAUCGAGCGAGACGAGGGAUCUCUCGUCAGGGUGCAUGACGUAA